AGUUACUCCCUUUCCUUUUUUCUUCCCCUCCCUUUUCACGGAGAAAUUUCAAUAUUUAACCUGUGCGGCCUCCCUGGCAAUUGACCUAGGUGUGUCGAGACUAGUCCUUAUCGCCUCAUGUUCUAUUACCGCCACUCUUGCCGUUCCCACUUUUCCCAGCGCUGCUGCAACAUCAUCCCUAGCCUCGCUGCACCGUAUACAAGGCGCCUUGACGGAUUCCUGACCAUGCUGAGGUCUGUCCAGGCUGGCCUAUUGCGAUCGUAUGAACCUUGAACCAGUGAUCGGAUGCAUUGACGGCUAUCGGCGAUUCCCAUAACUUUUCGAAGAGCAUCCAUAUACCCCCUCUCUGGUCCGCAAUUAUGGAACCAGCUCUCACUCCUUCGACAGGCCAGGUCUCCCCACAGCUGCCUGGUUCUCCAUCGCGAAAAUCGGGCACGUCUCGUCGUGGGAACGAACACCCUCCAGCUCCUCAGGUGUCUACCACACAGGAUGGGGUCUCAGAUGCACCAGCGUCUGGUCAAGAUGGUAGCAAAAAGUCAGCUAAGCGGAGAAAGCAUCGUAAUCGCAAACGGCGCAAUCGACGACCGUCGUUCUUGGUGACUCCACCGGUUCCCGCUGAAUCUCAGGAGGAUACUGAAGCAGGAGCAAGCGGCCAACAGACAUCGAGUGAGCACCCUGUAUCGAAACCGUCGCUGACGCCCUACGAGCUUGGGGGGAAUUUGAGCACAACAAGCCUAGAGAGUGACAAUUUACUGGAUCAUCGGUUGGUUGUUUCUCGGUUUUCUUGAUGUCUUAUCUACGAUGCCCUGCAGACCGCUAACAACACUACAUGUUUGGACGCUCCAGGAAUCACACGACAAUGCCCCGGAGAGAAAGCCGUCUUGCACAGUCAUUCCGCCCAAGCUCUCUUACAGCAGCUCUCCGCUCAGCGGACCGUAAUCGUCAGUCCACACCAAGGAAUCGCAAGGAGGAAGAAGACGAAGAGGCAGUAGAUGAAGUGGACGAUCGUACACCGCUGAUACGGCCCUCGACUGGACACAGUGGCAGCUUUACCCGUUAUGGAUCGGAAAACCGCAUGAAUCCCUUUACAUUUCGAUCGCGAAAGUCGUCCGUGUCGACUGCUUCAUCUCGAUUCUCGCCCCGAGAUGGCACUAAGAGCCCUACCCUCACUGGUCAGGACCGUGACUACGAUGUCAACAACCCUCCGUCUAUUCCGGGCUCACCGCAUCUUGGUCCCAGCAAAAACUAUGAUGAUGCGGUGGUUACCGGUGCAGAGUUUGAUUUUUCAACGGCAAAAUCGCUAGAUCGGAAAAGCUCCAUUAAUCGACUUCAUGAUGCGGUGAUUGAUAUGGACGGUAGCCGGCCAAAGCCUUCUCCACCUUCUACCGGGUCUUCGCCGGAACUUCAACCACAAGACUCUCUCCGGCGACGGAAGACGGUUUCUCUACCGGUUGAGGAAGAUGUAUGUUUUCCGACUGAAGUUAUGUCCGAGCUGGCGGAGGAAGACACCGCAAGAACGUCCCGGGAACAGUCAACCACAGAUCGCCGGCGAAGGAGACAGAGGGAGUGGCCGGAUCUAUCAGUCCUAGAGGAGUGGAGCCGUGAAGAGAAGGAGGAACGCAGCGGGGAUCUCCGUGUAAAAAAGAUCAGUGAGCCCAUGCUCAUUGACGGUAGGUUACGUCCUCAAUUUCGGACCUGGAGACGUGAAGAGGAUGAAGUGCCAUACCGGUUUACUUACUUCAACGAGGAGUUCCCAAGCACCAUUCAUUCCCAGACAAUUUCAGAGCUCGUACAGCCUGGGACCAGUUUUCGAGAGCUAUUCAUCCCCGAUCCCCCAGAAGUGGAGGAUUCUUCUGAUGAAGAAGACGAGCCGUAUCCAUCGAAUGGCAACAUGGAUGGUGCGAAUGCCAGUGAUAAUAACAACAGUAACAAUCACAAUGGGAAUGGGUUCAAUGCAGCAGCACCCUUGAGCAGGAUUGAUAGUGCCAAAGGACAACAACGUACGUUAUCCGUGAUUAGUGAAGCCUUGCCUGGACAACCUGGACAACGCCGGACGCCGUCCAAUUCCCCCGCGCCCACUCAGCAGCCUACCAAACCGAAGCGCUACGGGCCACGGCCGACUUUUUGGCUAGACGUUCUCUGCCCAACGGACGCGGAAAUGCGAGUGAUUGCCAAGGCAUUUGGCAUACAUGCCCUGACGGCAGAAGAUAUCAUGAUGCAGGAGGCACGGGAAAAGGUUGAGCUGUUCCGCAAGUACUAUUUCGUCAACUACCGCACCUUUGAGCAGGACCCGAAUAAGGAGAAUUACCUGGAGCCAGUCAACAUGUAUGUCGUGGUUUUCCGUGAAGGAGUGCUAUCCUUCCAUUUCUCACCGACACCACAUCCGGCCAACGUGCGCAGGCGCAUCCGGCAGUUAAUGGACUAUCUGAUUCUCAGUUCCGAUUGGAUUUCGUACGCUCUCAUCGACGACAUUACGGAUGUCUUCGGUCCGCUCAUUCAAUCCAUCGAGCAGGAGGUAGACGAAAUCGAUGAGUUCAUCAUGCAGAUGCAUUCCCCUGAUAAGGAAGAUAACCAAUCCCGCAGUGGUGUUCCGGAUUCCUUUUCUCCGGGGGAAAUGCUGAGAAGGGUGGGCGAAUGCCGCAAGAAGGUCAUGGGAAUGUACCGACUACUGAGCAACAAGGCCGAUGUAGUCAAGGGUUUUGCGAAACGAUGUAAUGAGCAAUGGGAGGUUGCGCCUAAGUCUGAGAUCGGACUGUAUCUCGGUGACAUCCAAGAUCACAUUCUGACGAUGACGAGUAACUUAACUCACUACGAAACCAUUCUAUCCCGAGCUCACUCCAACUACCUCGCUCAGAUCAAUAUCCUAAUGAAUGAGCGUCAGGAGCAGACAGCGGACGUUUUAGGCAAACUGACUGUAUUGGGUACAAUCGUGCUUCCGAUGAAUAUAAUCUGUGGAAUGUGGGGGAUGAACGUUAAAGUCCCUGGCCAAGAUGUAGAUAAUCUCUGGUGGUUUUGGUCGAUUACUGCCGGGCUUUUCGUCUUUGCUUUUGCGUCGUUCGUCAUUGCGAAGCGGGUGUAUAACAUUGUAUAGCUCGGUUAUUUCCUGCAGUUGGUAAUUAUGGAUAUCGGCUUUCAUGCCUUAGUACCAUUCCCUGUCUUCCGAAAGGUCUAGCGACUUUCUUGGAAAGCAAAGGCUAGCCACUAUAUACUAGAAGCCUUGGUCUUUGUUUUGGAAAAACUCCGGUACACGGCGACAACAAGGAGGGUAAUACAACAAUUCCAAAGAGGAAGACAUGGCACAUCACUAAGACGGUAUCCUGGCUUUCUCAAAUGAUGCCUUUAUACCACAGCACUAUAAAUAGUGCGUACCUUGGAUGAAUCAGAAGAAUAUAAUGACAAGGUAAAAUUUUAUGUUUGUUGGUCUUUCUAUUAAGCUAGAAGGACACCAUGACACCUAAGUAGCAUCUAGUAAGUAGUAGAGUUCAGAGCUGCUCUUCAUCACCCAAUACUGAAAGCCACCUCAUAUUAUUGCCAAA